AUGAUCCUGAGAAUCAAAGGUCAUGUGGCAUGUGCUGAUCUUGUUUCUGUUCCCAGGGCCACCAGAGAAGAGUUUGGGAGCCUAUAUCCAACUAUCCCAUCCUGGAGGACAGAAGCCACACCAAUCAACGGAAAUUACCAGGACCUUCCUCUCACUUGUGACAUAAAGAAUGUGGUCUCUCACUUGCUAGCCCUCAUCAUUGCACUGGUUGGACUUGCAGGAAAUGGAGUUGUGCUCUGGCUCCUGGGCUUCCGCAUGCACAGGAACACCUUCUCCGUCUACCUCCUAAACCUGGCUGCUGCCGACUCGCUCUUCCUCUGCUGCCACUCCACUGGGUCCCUGGCGAUGCUCAGCAUCUUCCCUCACACCCCUCCCCUUAUGUAUGACAUCAUAGAGAAUGUGAAAGUCAUUUCCUACAUCACAGGACUGGGCUUGCUCAGCACCAUCAGCACAGAGCGCUCCCUGUCUGUCCUGUGGCCCAUCUGGUAUCGCUGCCACCGCCCCAAACAUACAUCAGCUGUCAUGUGUGUCCUGCUCUGGACAAUUUCUGUGCUGCUGGACAUCCUGAAAUGGUGCUUCUGUUCAUCAGCAUAUGACAAUUUUGAACACGAUAGGUGUAAAAAAGUUGAGUUUUUCAUAGCUGUGUGGCUUAUGUUUUCAUUUCUGAUUCUCUCAGGGUCCAGCCUGGCCCUGCUGAGCAGGAUCUGUGGCUCCAGGCAGAUGAGGUUCACCAGGCUGUAUGUGACUAUCCUGCUCUCAGUGCUGGUCUUCCUCCUCUGUGGCCUGCCUUUUGGCAUCUUCCAGUUCCUGAUACUCUGGAUUGAGUAUAAUAUCAAUGCUCUGUCCUGUCUUUAUGUGGUUAUAGCUGUCCUGUCCUCUAUUAACAGCUGUGCCAACCCCAUCAUUUACUUCUUUGUAGGCUCCUUUAGACAGCAGCUGCAGAGGCAGCAGACCUUCAGGUUGGUUCUCCAGAGGGCUCUGCAGGACACAUCUGAGGAGCAUGAACGUGGCAACAGCAAUCUUCAGAGAAGACUGGAGAUGUUGGGAAAGAGGGGAACAGUGAUGAGGAGCCCCUGCCCUGCUCCAUCAAGUGUAUCUAUGAAAGUCAACCUUGCCCUGCCAACUUGA